AAAUUAUGUCUAAUAUUUUAAGACUUUGUCCAAAAUGUUAAACAAGUCCAGCCACAAUAUAAUGUAUAGAUUGUGAAGAAAAAAUGUGUUAUUCUUGUGAUUAGAAAGUACAUAAAAAAUUGAAAUAACAUAAGACUGAUAUCAUUCCUUAUUCAUGUAAAAUAUUUAUUAAAAAAGAGAUGAAACAGAUUAAAUCAACCUCAUUUAUAAUUAGUGGUAUUAAAGACCACUCUAAUAUAUCAUAAGAAUUACAACAGGAACUUAAUGAAUUAGAAGCUAUUAUAGAAGCUAAAAAAUCAUUUUUAAACAAAUAAGAAGAAAAAUGGGGUAUUUAGAUUAAUUCUCUUGAAACUCAAUACCAAAAGAAAUUAGAAUAAUUUGAAAAAGAAAUUGAGUCUAAUGAAAACUAAUUUAAAAAUUAUUAUUCAAGUGGCAAUACUACUUAAACGAUUACUGAUAUAAAAAAAUAAAUGGAGGCAUAAAAAUAGUAUAUUUUUUAUAUUUUAAUAAUAGAUAAGCAUGGAAAUAGUUGAAUGAUAAAAAAGAAAAAUUAUUAGAAAAAGAAAAACUACUUAAAGAUAUGAUUUCAACUGAGUAAUAUUGUUCUUAGGAAAUUUAGUAAAAAAGGAAACUAAUUAAUGAAUAUUAGAUAUUUUUAUAAAAAUAAUAAGCUGAAAAAGAUCUAAUAAAAGAAGAAAAUCAAAAGAUAAUGAAAUAAUUAGAAUCAAUUAAAAAUUUAUGUAAUAAAAAUUUACCUGAAUUUGGAAUUAAUGUUGAAUUUUUAGAUAAAUAAAUGAAAUUGAAUAGAAUUAACAAUAAUAAAUAAGAAGAAGAAUAAGAAGAAGAAGAGGAGGAUGAAGAAUAAAAAAAAGAAGUUUAAGAUAAUUAGAAUGAAUAAUAAUAAUAAUAAUAAUAAUAAUAAUAAUAAUAAUAAUGA